GUCACCCUCUCUCUCUCUCUCUCCCUCUCCUCUGCAUUUCGCCGACUGCUCCGCUUGAAGGAGCUUCCCAACAUUCACUAGCUAGCGACCUUCUUCUUCUUUUGGGUUCCUCUUUCCUUUUUCCUGGCGACCGUCAAUCUGUACGAUCGCGUUGACAAUCUCUUUAAUUCUCACAACAACUGGGACGAGUAAAGGAAUGCAAUCCGGAUUUGCGAUCUAAUGAUGUUGUAUAGUGAUCACGUUAAGGUCAACUAGAACUAUGGAUACUACGAAAUUAGAAGAUGGAAAUGAUAACAUAGAUGCUAUAAUUAAACAAGCGAUUGGACGAGAACCAGUUCUCUCCUUCCCAAGGACUGGUGAGAGUCCGGUGCAGUGGAUCCAGUUGCUACAUGCUUUGGACCAGCAAGAUCUUCCAGGAUGGCCAUUGCUUUCUCCACUGAAGAUUCAAAUGCAGAAGUGUGAGAAGUGUUCCCGUGAAUUUUGCUCCCAACUAAACUACCGACGACAUAUACGUGUUCAUCGCAGAUCUCUCAAAUUUGAUAAGGGGUCUCACAAAAUCAGGGAUUUAUUAGGAUCAUUUUGGGACAAGCUUUCUGUUAGCGAGGCUAAAGAGGUUGUGUCAUUUGAUGAUGUGACACUUGAGGAAGUUCCUGGUUCUUCUGUUAUAAGGGCUUUGACAUUUAUUGGGAAACCAGGAUUCUGCACACUACCACAAGCAUAUGUAAGAGCUGGGGUAGCUCUUCUGGACAUUAUUCAAGCUAGAAAUACCCGGUUUCCUAUCACCUCCAAAGAGCUAUUCUCUAUCCUCGAUGAUGCUAGUGAGAGCACAUUCUUGUGUGCUGGAACAGCUGAAUCAAUGCAGAAAUAUGUCUUUGAUGGUGAGGCGGGGAAAAUUGGGCUUGAAAUGAAGAACGUAGUUGCUUGUGCAAGCUUCCUUCUUGAACGGAAACUGGUUAAGUCAUGGCUAGCUGACAAGGAUGCUGAAGCUUUGAUGUGCCAGAAAUUGCUUGUGGAGGAAGAAGAAGCUGCUCAGAAAAGGCAAGCUGAACUGUUGGAAAGAAAGAAACAGAAGAAGUUGAGACAAAAGGCAAAGGACGCAACAAAUGUGGAGAAGGCAGAUUUGGAAGUUCCUGCUGAUGCAAUGGAACAUUCUCCUACUUGUGCAGAAACGUCCAGUCCACCAUCUGCUUCGGAGUCGAGUUCAGGUUCCUAUGAGACAGGGGGAACUAAUCUGCCCUUAUCUGAACAACCCAUCGAAGAUCAACGCAAUGAAGAAGUAAUAAACAUUGUUGAAGCGCAGAUAGGAAACAAUGAUUCAUUCGGGACAAGUCAGCAAAUUGAUCGACGAACAUCAACACAAGGAAAUGGUCGCAAGUAUUCUGUGAUUCCUAGAUGGCAAGUGCAAAGAUCUCAAAGAAAUGGUAGAAAUGGAUUUGAUCAAAAUCAGCCAAUGUCAAAACCUGAACAGCAGAGUCAAAGGCAUUAUUGUGGUCCCAAUUCCAGCAAGGUUUGGACAAGGAAAUCAAAGUCUGAAAAUACGGAAUUGAGAUUGCAGAAAAAGGAUGAUGAUGUGGAUGAACACAAGAACUGUGAACUGAUGUUUGGUUCCAUAUCUGUCAAUUUGGAUAGCUAUGCCACAAGCCGGUCCACAGUUAAGCUCUGGCAGCCUGUAAGCAGCAGCAGAAACAGGCAAGGGUUGCAACCAUCACCCCCCUUGGAAAAUGGCGGGAGUAAUGAUGUAGAAGGCUCUGGUGUGUUGUAUUCCAGUGAUGAUGCGAAAUCUUUUCUUGCCCAUAGAUGGAAGGAAGCUAUUAUAGGUGAGCAUGUAAGGUUGGCACUUUCUGAUGUAGAAGAAAAAGAAGUACCAAUUUUUGUUGGAUCUUCUCCUCCAAAACACACGACAGAGAAAGGUGUUGUAGCUAAAACCAAGUCCAGCAGCAGAACUCAACUACUAAAACUCAAGUACGUUCCCAAACAGAAGAUAGCAGCUGCUGCUACAUGAAGAAAUCACCCUUAAUCAAAUUAAAGGUUUUUAUUUUAUUUUAUUUUAUUCUUUUAAAGAGUUUCUGGAAAAUAUAUUAUUACUGGUUAGGUGGUCCAAGUUCUUAUUGGUCUGGUGUUUUAUGGUGGAUAUUGAUAAUGUUUUGGGUUAUUAUAAGAGGUGUUUUUGGAUAUUCUUUC